CGUUCGACCGACGCAGGGGUGAUCGCCCAAGGCCCAAGCUAGCUAGCAAGAAUGGAGUUCUCGCUCGUAUCCGCCAAGCCCUCGCCCCGCGCUGCCGCUGCCGCCGCGUCCGCCCCGCGGAGCAGCCCCACUGCCGCCCGCCUCCGCGGCCGGCGGUUCCGCUGCGCGGCGGCGGCCAAGGGUGAACAGGUGUUCGGCGGCCGGAAGGAGCUCACGGGCGUGCAGCCGCUGGUGGAGGCGCUGCCGCCCGCGGCGCGGGCGGUGGUGGAGCUCGCGGUCGUCGCGGCCGCGGCGACGGCCGGGUACGGCCUCGGGACCAAAUACGGCGGUGGCUCGCGGACCGCGGCGGUCGCGGGCGCGGCCGUGCUGGGGGCGGCCAGCCUCGCGGGGGCUGCCGCGGUGAAUUCCGUGGUGCCCGAUGUCGCCGCCGUGGGGCUGCACAACUACGUCGCCGGCUGCGACGACCCCACCAAGCUGGAGACCGGCGACGUGGAGGCCAUCGCGAAGAAAUAUGGAGUUAGUACAGAAGACGCAGCCUUCAAAUCAGAGCUCUGCGACUUGUAUGGCAGCUUUGUUUACUCAGUACUUCCUCCAGGACAUGAAGAUCUCAAAGGUAAUGAGGUGGAGGCUAUUAUAAAAUUUAAAAGAGCUCUUGGACUCAAUGAUGUAGAUGCUGCAAAUAUGCACAUGGCGAUUGGUAGACGCUUAUACAAAGAGAGGCUCAAUGCAUUCCAGAAGUUAAUUUUUGUGUCAAAUCUUGUCUUCGGAGAUGCAUCAGACUUCCUACUUCCAUGGAAACAUCUUUUUGGGAUCACGGAUUAUCAGAUCGAUAUUGCUAUGCGGGAGAAUGCUAAAACUUUAUACGCAUCGGAACUCAAGUCUAUUGGAAGAGGUCUUGACAUAGGCACGCUCAUUGAACUAAGGAGAUCACAACUCGCGUAUAAACUUUUUGAUGAGGUUGCUGCUGACAUGUUCAGGGAGCAUGCGAAGAAAUUGAUUCUAGAAAACAUCGCAUCAGCUUUAGCCAUAUUGAAGUCGCAACCCAGUACAGCGAUCACCCCAGCGCAGGUUAUUGAUGAAGUGAAUAGCAUCAUUGCGUUUAAUAGUCUGCUAAGAGUUCUAAGCAAGUUCCCUCAAGGCGAUCGAUUCGCACGUGGGCUUGGACCUAUUUCGUUAGGUGGAGAGUAUGAUCAUGAGUUGAUGGUUGAUGAUCUAAAGAUACUCUAUACGGCCUAUGCAAGAGAAGUACUUUCAGAUAGCCUUGAUGAUGAGAAGCUUGUUUCUUUGAUUGAACUGAGGAAUAUAUUUGGACUGGGGAAGCUUGAAGCAGAAGAAAUCAUUGCAAAUGUCAAAUCCAGAGUACUAGCAUGAUGCUCAUGCUUGGCUCUAGGUUAAAAGGUUUUAUCGUUUGUUCCAAAUACUGUUUUCCUUGUUGAAUUCUGACAAGCAGAGAGAGAGAGCAAUGUAAUUUGAACUGUUGCUGAAUUUCAGCAAGUUACCAGGUAACAGUUUCAUGAAACAUAAAAGAAACAUGCCUGAUAACGAUUUACUCUCUCUGUUCCAAAUUAUUAGAUGAUCUAGCUUUGCCCUA